UUGGUUCCACAUCUGAAAAAAAAAGCAGAGCCUGCAGCGCCAGGCUCUGCACCAAGCUUUACUCUUGGUGAGAAGAAGCCUGAAAAUUCGAAGCCUUCCUUUUCCUUUGGUGAAACAAAAGCACAAGAAGCGAAGUCUACGACGGGCUUUUCUUUCGGAACGCAAAAGACUGAACAGCAGAAACCCAGCUCUGGAUUCUCUUUUGGCGGAAACAAGUCCGAAAGUGAAAAGCCAGUUUCAUUCGCAUUUGGAGAUAAGAAAUCUGAAAAUGCAAACCCUUCGCCAGCUUUCUCGUUUGGAGGUGAUAAGACAGCCACCAAUGAGAAAGGCACUUCAAGCAGUACAUCGACCACUAAAGAGCCCACUAAAAGCUUGGGAUUUAAUUUUGGGGCUCAAGAUGAAACCAAAACAGCCGGUGCGUCUUCUGCUCCAUCCUUUUCUUUCGGUGCCUCUAAAACUGAUGAAAAGCCUGCAGCCAGUGGUUUCAGUCUAAACCCUUCAAAAGAUGCUGACAAGAAGGAUACAGCAAACCAUGACGAAAAGAAAGAGGAUAAGAAAGUUUCAUUUGGCUCUGGUCGCGACAAAGCUCAAGUUAAACUCGAGGACAUCAAGCCACAGCCAAUAUCAAUUAAGAAUAAGACAUUAGAGGAUCUCAUAACCAAGUGGACAAAUCAACUGUCCUCCUCCGCUAAGAUAUUUGAAAACUACAGUGACAAAAUUAAUAAUUGGGACCAGAUACUUGUCUCUUCGUCAGAAAAAAUCUCGAAAUUAUAUGCGGAUUCUCUGACAUGCGAUCAAAAACAGUCCAAAAUCGAUCAGACACUCUCAUACAUCGAAAAGCAACAGGAGGAACUUGACAAGUUACUCGAUGGGUAUGAAAAGCAGUCUGAGUCGCUUCUUGCAUCGGUGCAGCAGGUGAGUACGGGCAAUGGAAAUGAGAGGGUGUUGACAAACGAUCAAAUUCGAGAAAAUUCCUACAGACUUGCAGAAAGUCUUGAAAACAAGCUUGAUUCCUUGGAGACGAACUUUUCUUCCUUGAUUUCCGAAGUAAAUGAGGUGAGCGAUUCAUUUAACCGAUCUCUACUCUCCUCAAGCUCUAAAAGCCUUGAAGAGGAAUCCUCGCUGGAAGAUAUUCUCAAACUGCUGAACAACCACUUAGAGAGUCUUAACUGGAUUGAAAAGAACGAAAAACUUUUGAAAGAACAAGUGGAAUCCCUUACGCGUUCUACGUUAUAG